UAACGUUAGCUAAUCUGGUUAGCCCAUACAUAGACAAUGCACUGUGACUUAAACAGCCAUAACUUGUACUUUUAUUUAAUAGUAGCGUGAUAAAUGUAUAGUUCCCACCAAAAGAAUAUCUGCACAAGUGCAUUAUUGAGUUGAUGAGCUUGAUUUUUUUUUGUUCUGGCUAACCGAUGCGGGGGAUGGUUCAGGUUCUGACCAAUUAAGGCGCUUCUAAGUAAAACCCCGCCUUUCGGGCUAGCUUAGAUGAAUUUAUCGAACGCACUUCCGGACUCUGAUCAGACAAAAGGAGGCGCUUAAGGUAGUUUGUGUCAUGUCAAAUAACAAAACGAACAUCCAUUGUAAACGUUUGACAUACGCGCUUAAGAAAUAGCUUUCCGUGUGUUUCGCAUGUGUCUCUUCCUCGGCAUCAUGUUUCAACAGCAUGAGAAGCGUUGCUACUUUCACCUCCGGCAGUUCCAGCUCCACCUUAACAAACCGAUGUCAGCUUUCAUGCAGUUUUUUUGCAUUGACGUCAACCGCAUACAGCACAAAACAGAAGCUUUCACCUAUAUUUCGUAUGCUUGAGUCAGAAUAUGGACAGAUAACCAGACACUGGUACCAAUUUUAAACCAACCUGACCGCGACAGCUGCUGAUUUAUAUCCCUUCACAUCGAGGAAGACACUGUGUGCAAGGAUAGCCACAACACAACCACCGUUGCCCAGAGUGCGGCCCAGGCAAGAGCCCGCGACCGCCACAUCAGGCACCAUGAUGGAGGGAGGCAUGCAGCUGCUCAACCGUGAUGGCCACAGCAUCUCGCACAACUCAAAGCGCCACUACCACGACUCCUUCGUGUCCAUGAACAGGAUGCGACAGCGUAGCCUGCUGUGUGACAUUGUGCUCCAUGUCUCCAACAAAGAAAUCAAGGCGCACAAAGUGGUGCUGGCAUCCUGCAGUCCAUACUUCCACGCUAUGUUUACCAAUGAGAUGUCGGAGAGUCGGCAGACCCAUGUGACCCUACAUGACAUCGACCCUCAGGCUUUGGAGCAGCUGGUCCAGUACGCCUACACAGCAGAGAUUGUGGUUGGGGAAGGCAACGUCCAGACUUUGCUCCCAGCAGCCAGCCUGCUGCAGCUCAACGGGGUGCGGGACGCCUGCUGUAAGUUCCUCCUCAGCCAGCUGGACCCCUCCAACUGCCUGGGCAUCCGAGGCUUUGCAGACACGCACUCCUGCAGCGACCUGCUCAAGUCAGCACACAAGUAUGUCCUGCAGCACUUUGUCGAGGUGUCCAAGACAGAGGAGUUCAUGCUGCUGCCACUGAAACAGGUCCUGGAUUUAAUCUCCAGUGACAAUCUAAAUGUGCCAUCUGAAGAGGAAGUGUACCGGGCUGUGUUGAGCUGGGUGAAACAUGACAUAGAUGGACGCAGGCAACAUGUUCCUUGGCUGAUGAAGUGUGUCCGGCUGCCACUGCUGAGGCGAGACUUUUUGAUGAGCAACGUGGAUACAGAGUUACUGGUGCGUCACCACUCGGAGUGCAAGGACCUGCUGAUCGAGGCUCUCAAAUACCACCUGAUGCCUGAGCAGAGGGGAGUCCUCAGCAACAGCCGUACGCGCCCACGACGCUGUGAGGGCGCCAGCCCUGUGCUCUUCGCCGUUGGUCAGUGUGCCCCUGAAGGUGGUGGCAGCCUGUUUGCCAUCCAUGGAGACUGCGAGGCGUAUGACACCAGGACAGAUCGCUGGCAUAUGGUGGCGUCCAUGUCCACUCGGCGGGCACGGGUGGGCGUGGCAGCCAUUGGGAAUAGACUUUAUGCUGUUGGAGGGUAUGAUGGCACCUCAGACCUCGCAACUGUGGAGUCCUACGACCCCAUCACGAACUCCUGGCAACCUGAGGUUUCCAUGGGAACACGACGGAGCUGUUUGGGUGUAGCAGUCCUGCAUGGCCUACUGUAUGCUGCUGGAGGUUAUGAUGGAGCUUCCUGCCUCAAUAGUGCAGAGCGUUACGACCCUUUGACCAGUACAUGGACCUCGAUUGCUGCCAUGAGCACUCGUAGGAGAUAUGUCCGAGUAGCAACUCUGGAUGGCAGCUUGUAUGCAGUGGGAGGUUAUGACAGCUCCUCACAUCUCGCAACAGUGGAGAAAUAUGACCCCCAGGGCAACACAUGGACAGCCAUUGCCAACAUGCUGAGUCGGCGCAGCAGUGCUGGGGUGGCCGUGCUGGACGGCAUGCUGUAUGUCGCAGGAGGAAAUGACGGCACCAGUUGCCUGAACUCUGUGGAGCGGUUCAACCCCAAGACCAACACCUGGGAGGGAGUGGCCCCCAUGAACAUACGCAGGAGCACCCAUGACCUGGUGGCUAUGGAUGGCUGGUUAUAUGCAGUGGGAGGUAACGAUGGCAGCUCCAGUCUCAACUCCAUCGAGAAGUACAACCCACGCAGCAACAAAUGGGUCGCGGCCUCCUGCAUGUUCACACGGCGCAGCAGUGUGGGUGUGGCUGUGCUGGAGCUGCUGAACUUCCCACCGCCCUCCUCGCCCACCCUCUCGGUUUCCUCCACCAGCCUUUGACACGGGGUCACCGCUUGGCUGACCUUAGCCUCUGCUGCUACAGCCCAGACUGGCUCUGGGAAGAGACGCAACUGCUCGGUUUGAGACGGGGAGGAAGAAGAGGACGGGAGUGGACAGGUAAAAGGAUGGAGGGGAGAGAAUAGCAAGAGGGAAAGGUGUAGAUAAGGCUCCUGGCUUAGUUAAUAUACAGUACCCUCGAGAAUUAGUGGCAUUCUUGGUAAAGAUUGGCCUACCAAGGUUUAAAAAAUUUACAACAUAAGUCAUGAACUUUAAUUAAAAAAAUCUAGGCAAUUUUGAAAAAGGUUAAUGUGCAUUGCCCUGUAAUCUCAAAAGGCAUUUUCCACACGUAAUUAUUUAUUUUUCCUGAAUAGUUAAGGGAUGCCAGAUGGUUCCUGAAAGAUCCACAGAUGAUUUAAAUUUUUUUUUCAAUUUUAUGGUCAAACCAAUCUGGCUGCACCAAGUUUGCCAUUAAUUCUGGACUGCACUGUAUCUGGUCUGGAUGCCUGAAACUCCACUGUACAGCUCCAUCAUACAGAUACCAGCUCCCAGUCUCUUCAAGAGUAUCCCGAAUGCAGAUGUGUUAACAUUGACCGAUCUUUCCUCAAGCCCCACUCCACUCCAGUGUUUGACACACUCAUCGUGAAACGUGGUGGACACUUACUUCAUGUGUGAUGUAAAUGUUUUUGGUUUGAUGUCGUUGUCUUCUGCAAGAUUUUUCUUUUGAUGUCAGGAUUUAUUGCAAUAAUGUACAAAAAAGAGAAACUGAAUGAUUUUACUUUUGGAAUGUAGCUUUUGACUGGUUAUAACAUGCAUGUUUACAGAUUGGCAUUAACUCCCAACAGGAGGAUAAAAUGUUGUAGUGCUGCUUUGCCACACUAGGUGGCAGUAACAGGCAAUGUUAUAAACCCUACCCACCCCGCAAGAGCAUGGACACCAACAACAUAGAAAAGUUAAGCCCACAGAACUGUAAAUGAGUUUAAAUCCUUUAUAUAUAUAUAUAUAUAUAUAUAUAUAUAAAAACAGAGAAUAAUUAUGUUGAACUAUAUGUAUUUAUAAAAAGGUAUAAAUUAUAAUAUAUUCUGUUUUAAAGAUGCUUAGAGAAGGAAACGGAUCAGACGUAUGCUUAUUUAAGAGUGUUUUUUAAUAUAUUUAUUUAGGUGUGUGAUGUGCAUAUCAUCAAUGGAAAUGACAAAGAGAAUGUCUAAGUGUGAGAGAGGUAGUUGUUCAGUUUGUGUGCAUUUGCAGUGUCUCCUGGUUAAGAGGACUGAUUGUUGCAUUUUGAUAUGCAGCAUUUCAUUUGCAUUUCUUAAUGUUUCUUCACUGCCACAAGCAUAAUCCUACAUGAAAAUGUACCUUAUGUCCGCUACAUUUGUGCAAAAGGCUUGAGUUGCUUGCAAACCCAUUGACUAGUCAAUGAAAGGACUCUACAUUGUCUUUAAUCCUAUUUCUCAAUUAUUUUUAAGUGUACAUGGAGGUGGAUAUAAUCCUUGGACACAUGGCAGUUUAAAAUGACAAUAAAACAGCAAGUGCUAGUUUACCUACAGUAUACUAACACUUGACACUAAUGAGUAAUUCUGUUGACACUUGGUGCUGUCAUAUUCCCUUCCACACUUCUGUCAAAUGUGGUGUCUUGUUAUAUUACCUCAUUGAAAUGGACCCAACUCUGUUGCAACUAAGAACUAGAAACAACUGUAUAAUUAACCACAAAUAUACUGGCUAUAGAACGUGCAGUGGGUGAUUUGGGAAUGUCACCACUGAACUUAUGUUGUCUAAAAUAAAUGGAUCACUUUGAGAUCACUUUUUGUCUCAGUUAAUACCCAGGUUCAGUUCAGUUCAUGUGUAGCACAGUAUUACAGUACCAUUCCAGACUUCUGAGAAGUUGCCUUUUUUUUUCAAGGAUUUUGUUUAUCCAGUUAUGUUUAUCUAAAACUACCUUACUUGACUACGAGUGGAGCCAGUAGGGGCUGCCAUGGUCUUACUGAGAUGUUAUCCUGUAAAGUUGAUGUGAGUCAGGGACAGACUUCAAGAGAGGCCCACAAAACCACAUAAGACGUUGGCCUCCAUUCUGUCAAUCGAACUGUAAAUAGAAAGAUUGCUUAUCUUAAAUCCAUUUGUGCAAUUUCAAUGUGAGUGUAGCUUUUUUUGUGUGUUCAAUGUGGUGAUAAUUGUUUAUUUAUGAUAUGUUUGUUAUUUAUGAGGACCUUUAAAAUAUUGAAUUUUGCACUAUUGCGAAAUGGAGCAAUACACUGUAAAAAAAAAAAGAAAAGAAAUAAAGAUGUUUUCAGAUGUG